AUGGCUCGCGACCGAGGCCCCUUCAGGACCGGCGAGCGAGUUCUCGUUCCCCACACUGACAAAUAUUAUGAGGCAAAGGGUUGGAACAAAAAAUGGGACGAGUGGGUGGAGGCGACAGGGUUGACAAAGUACAAGAAGGAGCUAGCAAAGGUCGAGUUCACAAAAGAGGGAGAGGGAGGCACCAGGGAGUUUGGCGGGAAGGCGGAGGCUGCUGAAGGGAAUGGCAAAUCCAGAGCAGAAGCAGGCAGGAAGUCAGAGAAGGGGCAGAAGCAGACCGUGUCAUCAAUGGUGAGGGUGCAGCUCCCAACAGCGCUGAAGCAGAAACUCAUCGAGGACUGGGACCGCAUGCAGAGCGGCUCUGUUGCUUCGUUGCCGCGAAGACCGAGCGUCAAUGACAUCUUGCUGCAGUUUGUGGAUGCAUGCAAGAGCAACAAGGACUUGGUGGAGCCUGAGGAAGAGGUUGCCAAUGGCCUCAGAAUCUACUUUGACAAGGCCUUGAGACACAUGCUCCUGUACCCACAAGAAAUGGAGCAGGCAGUAAAGGCGUUGUCAGAUGGCACGACACCGUCAAGUCUUUAUGGGGCGGAGCAUCUGCUGCGGUUGUUCCUGAAGCUUCCAGAUCUGCUUCCAGCCAACCAGAUGUCAGCUGACGAUCAGCUGCAGCUGGAGAUGCGGUUGUCGAGCUUUUUGAAAUUUUUGUUGAAGAAUGAGGGGCUGUACUUCUUGUCACCUGGCCUGCCAGAUCAGAAUGCCACAUCUUGAACCGAUGUUGUGAUAUAAGCUCGAGUGCAGCAACGGGAAUACUUUGUGGGACCUUGUCACAUACUGCAUCCGAAGAGCGCAUUGCAGGGCCAGUUGUGACUAAAAAUUCAAC